AAGCGAGGUGCGGCUUACAACACAGCCAGCCUCGUCUCGUCUCUGCUCGGCACCGGUAGCAAGAUCUCCUGGGGUUAUAACUGGGGCGCGACCUCGGAUGACCUGACCAGCGAUCUCGAGUACGUUCCCAUGCUGUGGUGCUCCACUGGCGAUUACCCUACCGACUGGUCGACCAACGCCCAGAGUGCCAUCGACGCUGGGUCCAAGUUCCUGCUGGGCUUCAACGAGCCCGAUAACCCAUCCCAGUGCAACAUUGAUGCCUCGACGGCUGCCUCGGCCCACAUUCAGUACAUGAACCCCUUCAGCUCCAGUGCUGGCAUUGGUGCCCCUGCCGUGACCAACUCUAACGUGGCCGGCGAGAGCCUGGACUGGCUGGAGGACUGGGUCAGCGCCUGCGCUGGCCAGUGUGACUAUGACUUUUGCCCCGUCCACUGGUACAACACCAUCGAGGCCGGAGCGGAGGACCUGCUCGACUUUGUGACCAAGGCCUCUGCGAGCUGCGGCACGGGCAAGGAUAUCUGGGUCACCGAGUUUGCCCCCAACGUCGACAGCCCUUCAGAUGAUCAGAUCUCCAGCUUCCUGGAGACGGUCCAGGAUGCCUUCGACAACAACGCCACCUACAGCUUCGUGUCGCGGUAUGCCUACUUCUACGUGAGCGACGGCCUGCUGGUCAACGGCGACGCCGCCUCGUCGUACGGCCAGACCUUUGCCUUUUCCUGA